CUACAUUCUCCGUUACCUUCCAGACUCCAACGAUACCCGACUUCGGACUAAAAAGCCAAUCCAAUUUGAACAUCCAACACCAUGGCGAUGAUCGCAGAGAUGGUGAAAAACAAGUGGGGCACACCGCCCAAAGAGUCCACCGAAGCGUUCGCAGGACGCAACGUCCUAGUUACCGGUGCCACCUCUGGGCUAGGAUAUGCGGCAGCAGCCAAGUUCGCGAAGCUAGGAGCCUCAAAAGUCAUCAUCACAGCACGAGACGAAACCAAAGGCGAGGCGACUAAGAGCAAACUCGAAGCAGAUGUCGGCAAAGCAGGUCAAUUCGAAGUCUGGCAACUAAACAUGGACUCGUACGAUAGCAUCGUCAAGUUCUCGCAGCGGGCCGUCACCGAACUGGACCAUCUGGACGUGGCUAUUCUGAACAUUGGGAUCUUUAAUACUGCGUAUAGGCAGUCGGAGUAUGGCUGGGAGCAAGACUUACAAGUCAACACGCUUUCCACGAUAUUGCUCGGCAUCCUCCUCUUGCCAAAGUUGAAAGAAUCGCAAAAGCAAUCAGGAAAGAUACCCGUACUGCAGUUCGUCAAUUCAGGCAUGCACAAAGCUGUGGAGAUCUCUGCCGACGUUCGAAACAAGCCUGCCAUCCUACCAGAGUACAACAAGGAAGAUACUUUCAGCGGCGCCCAGAAGCAAUACGGCUACUCGAAACUCCUUCAGAGAUACGCGGCCAUACAGCUCGCAAAGAAGAUUCAUUCCAGCGAAGUCAUCAUUACGGCAGUGUGUCCCGGAGCAGUGGUUACGAACAUCGACCGCGAUGUCAAGUUCCCCGGUGUCAAGCUCGUAAGGGCGAUCGCGCAUGCUUUGGCGUUUAGGACGGCAGACCUAGGCGCCAAUAUAUACAUCACUGGGGCCUCGCAGAAUCAAGAACUACAUGGGAGCUUUUAUGCAAGCGAUAAGAUUGAGCUUGAUGCGCCGAGUAUUGUCGGAGAAGAGAACGAGAAGCUUGCGGUUAGAGUAUGGAAUGAGAUUGUAGAGGAGCUGGCAAAGCAUGUGCCAGAGGUCAAAGGGCACCUCUCGUAAUACCUGUGAACUGUCUAUACAUAGUAGCAUCACAUGUCAUCCACCGCGUGCAUAGAUGGGAAAGCGUUCAGCUCGUUUCUUCUGCUAAAUACUGCGUCCACCUACUACAUCAUGUUCCCAUUGCCGCCGCUGCUAGUUUUGCCGACUAGUUUGCCGAUCGAAGCGCCUCAAUGUCGGCUUAUCAAAGAUGAUUUGGCGAGAGAAUGCAUGGUGGAAGCGUACUUCCAUAACAUUGUAGGCUAAUUGAUGAUAACGUGCGAUACUUGAGCAUGCAGUGAGGUCGAUAGUGUCGACACGUCCAGAGCGGAGGGGGCUAACGCGCGCUUUGACCAUCAGCUCCACCAAAAAAGUUCAUUCGGCAG